GCCCCAAUUCAUGUCAUCAGAAUUCAGAACUUUCUGUAAGAAACAGGGUAUUCGUCAUACCUUAGUACCUCCCUACCAUUCCCAAAGCAACGGGCAAGCGGAACGUUUUGUUAAAACGUUGAAAGGGGCAAUCAAGAAAGGCAUGGAGAGCGGAAAGGCAAGUUUGGAAGAGGUAGUGACAGAGUGUUUGUCAGUCUACAGAAAUACCAGCCAUAGCACUACAAAUGUUUCUCCAGCAAGGCUCCUGAUGAACAGGGAUCUGCGAUGUCAACUGGAUUUACUAAAGCCGCCACGAAAGUCCUCAGUGUUGACCAAGACUUUGAAGGAAACGGUGAAAAAGGCUCAAGCAAAACAAAAGAGAGGUCACGGCCAAACAGCGAGUGAGAGAAAUGCAAUUAGACCAUAUGAUAUGGUGUUGGUACGUCACGCAAAGAUGCCAAAGUGGAGAAACGCCAGAGUAGUACAAGUUUUGGGGGAGAGGUAUUAUACAGUACAGUAUACAGACACAGGAGUAAGACAAAAGGUUCACGUGGAUCACUUGAGACUGCACACACGGUCAAAUCAACUGCCAACCCAGCAGCUAGUACAAGAUGAACCAGAUCUAGAGCCUAGAGACGUCGCAGGUAGCAAUAGAGACAACAAACAAGAGGAUCAAUUUAGCAGUGACACAGAGCCUGAGUCCUUACACGAUGGUACUGAAGACGAGUUGAGUGCGCCUGAAGUUGCCACAGGAGUAGAGCAGCCAAGAAGGAGUCAGCGUACUACAAAGGCGAUACCACCUACAAGAUAUGGAGAGUCGACAGUGUAGAGGCUAUAGAACUGUGAUUUGCGUAGAAAGGAGGGAGAUGAUGUGGCAUCCGGGGUUUCAUAGGCGGGGCAGCUCAGUCAUUUGGAUAGCCGGCUAUCGGAUACAUGUUUUCUUUGUUGUGUCUCUUAUGUUCAA